CACUGUGGGCUCGUCUCUCCGCGCGCGCGCGCACUCCAGCGCGUCAAAGACUGACGCCGAUGACGUGAGGACUGUUUGCACGUGGGCCGAGGCGCUCCGAGCCCAUAAACAAAGGCACGUUGCGCUCGAGCGCCAGAGAGGAGCUGCAGCUGUAGAGAAGAGCGCGCGAGAGCCUGGACCUGAGAGCGCUCGAGCUCCGCGCAUCAAAAACUGAGAAAUCUCAGUGAACGGAGUCACGGCGCUGCUCACCGGCCGAACGAGAACUGCAGCGAUUCCCCGAGAACCCAAGAAACAGGUGUUUGGAGCCAUGCCCUGUGUCCAGGCUCAGUACGGGAGCUCUCCUCCAGGCGCAAGUCCCGCGUGCCAGACGUACAGCUACAGCGCGGCGGCGGCGGCGGCUGCGGCGGGAGAGUACAGCUGCGACCUGCUCACCCCGGAGUUCGUCAAGUUCAGUAUGGAUCUGACCAACGCCGAGAUCGCCGCCACCUCCGCGCUGCCCAGCUUCAGCACGUUCGCGGAGGGCACCGGCGGCGCGGGCUACGACUCCAAAGCCCCCUGCCUGUACCAGGCGACGGCGCAUUCCGGAGAGCACCUGUCCAUCAAAGCCGAGGACAUGCACUCGCACGGCUACCCGCCUCAAGCCGAGGACGGGACGUCCCACGGCGGAUACUACAAACCGACCCCUCCUGGUUUCUCCUCCGCUUCUCACGCGCCUCCUCCUCCUCCGGCGCCGCACCACCCUCACCAUCACCACCACCAUCACCACGCGUGGGAGGACGCAGGUUCGCUGCACGCCUUCUCGCACGGCUACCUUGCCGCGUCUCACGUGAUGGAGCAGCAGAGGAAAGACGCCGUGUCCAGGCUCUUCUCCUUUAAGCAGAGUCCCGCCGGGGCGCCGUCGUCCUUAGCCGCGUGCCACGUACGCUUUGACGGCGCUCCGUCCGCGCAUCGGUCUCUGGAAAGCACGGGAUUCACGGUGCCGACCGCGCUGAGGAAGCAGCACAGCUUGGGCUUUCCGCACCCGCUGCACGUCGGACACGGUCACGCGCACGGACACGGUCACGCGCUCAAUGAGAGUCCUGUGAGCUCUCCGCCGUGCCGAGGGUCCCCGUCCAGCGAGGGCUUGUGCGCCGUGUGCGGCGACAACGCCGCCUGCCAGCACUACGGAGUACGCACCUGCGAGGGCUGCAAGGGCUUCUUCAAGCGCACAGUGCAGAAAAACGCCAAAUAUGUUUGCCUGGCCAACAAGAACUGCCCCGUUGACAAGAGAAGGAGGAACAGAUGCCAGUACUGCCGAUUUCAGAAGUGCUUAGUCGUGGGGAUGGUGAAAGAAGUUGUCAGAACGGACAGUCUAAAAGGUCGACGGGGUCGACUACCAUCUAAACCCAAGAGUCCGCAGGAUGUCCCAAGCUCCUUAUCACCCGCCAGUCUCCUGAGUGCCCUGGUUAGGGCCCACAUAGACUCCAACCCCUUGAUAGGACGCCUGGAUUACUCUAAAUUUCAGGUAAACCCCGAAUAUCAUGGUGCUGGAGAUGAAAGCCUCCACGUGCAGCAGUUUUAUGACCUCCUAACGGGGUCCAUGAGCAUCAUUCGUGGAUGGGCAGAGAAGAUGCCUGCAUUUACUGACCUCCCCAAAUGCGACCAGGAGCUGCUCUUCGAGUCAGCCUUUCUGGAGCUCUUUGUUCUGAGAUUGGCGUACAGAUCAAACCUGGCAGAAGAUAAGCUAAUUUUUUGCAAUGGUACAGUCCUGCACAAGCUGCAGUGCGUGCGAGCCUUCGGAGAAUGGAUCGACUCCAUCGUGGAGUUCUCUGUCAACCUUCAGAGCAUGAACAUAGACAUCUCCGCCUUCUCCUGCAUGGCCGCUCUUACAAUGCUAACAGAAAGGCACGGCCUUAAGGAGUCCAAAAAGAUGGAAGAGCUUCAGGGCAAGAUUUUAAACUGUUUGAAGGAACACGUGACCUGCAACAGUGGUGGCCUGAACAGCCAAAGUUAUUUGUCCAAAUUGCUGAGCAAAUUGCCGGAGCUGCGUACCCUGUGCACCCAGGGACUCCAGCGUAUCUUUUACCUGAAACUUGAAGACCUGGUUCCGACGCCUGCCAUCAUUGACAAACUCUUUCAUGACACAUUACCAUUCUGAACUCGGAAUUGCUUUCAGACUCUGACCUUUCCACUGGACUUUUCUGAAGCAACUGGCCAUGCAGUGGUCAUGGAUGCACUGAUACACAAAAAAGGAGACUUUUUUUUACACGCUCUUUGAAGUGCUUUAAGAUGGGCACAUUUUUUCAUACUGUAUUUGAAAAACCCUGACUCUUGUACUACGAUGGUCUAGUACAGGUGGUCUAAAGCAGGAAAACCAUGGCCCUGCUGAGCUUAGUGAUUUGACAUGCCUGAUUUAACUUCUUUAAUUACUAAAGAAGGGAAAAACUUACAAUUCUAAGAUGAUUUUCUGUGAUUCUUUUUUGAAACCCUCUGCAUCGAUGCACAUUUAAUUUUUUAGCAGUAACACACUGAUGAAGAAUGAACACAAAAGUUAUAAUUGACAAGGGAUCAAAUAAGAGUAGAUUUUGGGUUUAAAUAUUUUUGGGUGGAAGUGUGAAAAUGGUAAAAAGUGAAAAAAGAAAUAUCAAAUUGAAUAUUUUCAAAUUUGAUGACAAGCAUGACAGGAUUACAGCAUGGCCUUGUCCUUUUUAAAACAUUUCUUUUAAGGUGAAAAGAAAAUCUUUUCUUGUUUUUUUUUUUUUGUAAAAAUGAUGUAGGUUACAACAAGAUAAACACUAAACUCUGCAGGGCCUGUAGCCUAGCACUAACAGUUGUUGGACUGUUGUGAGUUGUUGUGAUUUUGCACUGGGCAAGGAAGGGUUUGCAGUACUGGGAACGCUGACAGCACCAACUAUUCCCAGGAGGCGGGUCCUGCCCUGUUCUCCCCGAAUACAAGUGGAAAAAUAAACAGCGGCACACUGAAGGAGCGAGGAAUAAAGUACAAAAAGACUUACAACGUGACAAAAGAGAGAAAAUUCAUCUAAUCUCUUUUGUUGGAAAAGGGACAAACCAUGUGCUUGUUAAUAGUUUAUCCAUGGAAAUAUCUCAUUGAUUUAAAGCGCGGUUUAAAUGUAUUUGUAUUGUUAUGCGUCACAUAUUCAUAUAAGAAAAAAGUCACUGGACAUUUAAAGGGAAUUUGCAUCUAAUCUAUCAUUGUUCUGUAUGGGUGGCCAGAAAUGGAUGGGUAGCCAGUUGCAAGCGGGGACCUAAGGAACGUGUUUCUGAAUUAAUACUCAAAACCUUGCUGUCUUUUAUUAUUUUUUAGCACAUUUGUCCUUUUUUACAGUUCGCGGAAAAUGGAAAUAUGCAUGGAGUUAUCUGCUAACUACGUCCUCCAGCACUUUGUAAUUUCAUAUUGAAAUAAGGUUUUUGCUUUUCGUUUCUUAACAUUUCGCUCCGACCCGUGGUUUCUAUCCAGCUAUGAACUGAUGUGGUUUUGCAGCGCAGGUCUGUGUGUAUCAUUGCGAAGUACCCGCUAUGAACUUUAGUGCUUUGCAAAAUAAAUCGUGAAUAAAAUUCA